AAGGUGUAAAGGAGGCGGUGGGUAAGACUGAAUACUGCGGAGAGAGAAAGAGAGAAAGGGAGGAAGGAGAGAAUGUCUACUUCCACUUGGUUCCUUCAGAGUGCAUUGGCCUCUUCCCAGCAGCUAUGGAUGGGGCCGAAGUUGGUGGCCGCUGCUGCAGCUCCAAGCCCACACCCAUCUCCAUCUCUAUCUCUUGUUGUUGAAGCCAAAUCCAGAACCAGAAGAGAAGACAGGACCGCGCGCCAUACUCGCAUUAGAAAGAAGGUUGAAGGGACCCCAGAAAGGCCAAGGUUGUGUGUCUUCCGCUCCAACAAGCAUCUCUAUGUCCAGGUAAUUGAUGACACCAAGAUGCACACGCUUGCUUCGGCUUCAACCAUGCAGAAACCCAUCUCUGAGGAGUUCGACUAUAGCUCUGGUCCCACUAUUGAUGUGGCAAAGAAGGUGGGUGAAGUCAUUGCAAGGUCCUGUUUGGAGAAAGGAAUCACAAAAGUGGCCUUUGACAGAGGUGGAUACCCAUACCAUGGACGCGUUGAAGCCCUUGCUAAUGCAGCUCGGGAACAUGGUCUUCAAUUCUGAGAUUUUGAUAGUUAAUUUUUUCUUUCGAACAAGUUUUCUGUCUAAUUUAGAAUCUUGUGAUGGAAGACUGAGGCAACUUGUGAAUGGGACUCUUUUCUCUUUGGAAAUGCUUUUAUUUAUGUUCAAAUAUUAAUUUAAAUUGUCAAGUCCAUCAUUUUCUACC